CGGUGGUGAUCCAUCCGUCGACUGCCGCAUCGAAUGAUGGAGCGAUGCGUGAGACUUUUCGUCCGAGUGGCAGUCAUGAUCAGCAUCCUCGGCUGUGCCACCUCCGCUGCGCAGGAAGUUAUUGAGCUGAACACUGACUCCUUUGAGAAAGCAACAGGCGCCUUGGACGGAGAUUCUCGCGAAUUCCACAAGUCCAACUCGAACGCCAUGGUCGUCACUCUCACGACCGACACAUUUGACGAUCUCACAGAAGCGACGAGCAGCAACGCAGGAGUUUGGCUAGUCGAUUUUUACGCUCCAUGGUGCAAGCACUGCAAGACGCUCACACCCAUGUUCGAAGAACUCGCACCGCUUCUCGACGCCGAGAAGAUUCAUGUUGGAAUGGUGGAUGCAAACGAGCACGUGUCGCUCAGGUCGCGCUUUCGCAUCAAAACGUAUCCAACAGUUAUGGUAUUUGCCCAAGGAAAAAUGUACAAAUUUCGCGGAAGCCGCACGGUGCAAGAUCUCAUGGCGUUUGCACAAGGCGGGUACUUGUCCAGUGACGUCGACGGCAGCGCCGUCCCUCCCCCCGUCAAAUUAUUCGAUCCGUCGCAAAGCCAUGUCGUGGAGCUCGUUCCUGAAACAUUUGACGCCGUGACGCAGGUCGAAACAGGAGGCGACUGGUUUAUUCUCUUUCACACGGCCAACUGCGGUCCAUGCGGCGAAGUCCUGCUCGAGUGGGACCAAGUGUCUGUGGACCUGCUCGGGAGACUUCAUGUGGGGUCGUUCAAAUUGAAGCCGGAUAUCCUUGGUGCAUGGAGCAAGCGGUUCGGGCUCUUUGGGUUCCCGAGUUUAGUUGUGUUUUCCAAAGGCCGAAUGUAUCGUUCCUACCGGGGAAAUCGGUCCGCGCCGAAUUUGGUGGAGUAUGCGCUUCAGCAACUCCAGGCGGGUCAGCGUAAUAGCAUCCCUGUGCCUGGACCAAACUCCGCCGCUCCGAUGCAAUUUCACUCGCCGCUUCCACUCAAGAGGGUGGCCAUUGAAUCUGUCGACGAGGAAGUCGAAGGCGACGCUGGCAACAGUCCUAACGAAAAGAUCGAAAAAAGUGGUGGCAACGACAACGACGACGACGUUGAGACUACUGACGAUGACGGCGAUGCCGGCGAGAAACUCAAUGAACUGGAAAGCGUGGAGCAGCAUGUGUGUGGCCAGUCUCAAGGUGUUUGUGAAGCCCGAAUGGCGAAGAGUGACUCGGACAUUAAAGUGCCCCGGGAACACGAGUAUGAGUAAACGGUAGGAGGGCCGAUAAAGGCUGAACUCGUCCAUACUGUGGUUAACCCUUCUAUUGACCGAUGUAUUCCACAAUGACCUUGGGACCCGCCCCGGCCUGCCGUCGUCCAUUUGCCUCGUUAGCCGUCUUGAAAACGAAGGCCGUUCAAGGACUAGAAUAAAUCUACUCCCCCACGAAUGCCUCGAAUCGACGUACGGAAUGCAAAAGUGAACGGACGGCCAGGACAAUGUCUACUUCUCA